UCCUCUGCGUCAUCACUACCAACAAACAAAUACACAGAAAAAAAGAGCGAGUUUCGAACUCUUCCCGCCAAAGCAGCCAUGCCAAUGGAGUUUAAGAGAAUGCAAUGCUCCUACGAAUCCUUGGACGAAUCGUUCGAAAUCGGUAAAGAGAUGUAUCGUGGACAACAAUACAGUCAAAUCUACUUCGCGCGUCUUCACUUGAUGCGAACUCUCUUGUAUUCUCUUGUUCCUCAUUGGAAACCUAAUACUCCUGUAUGCACGGUGUUGGGAUUGGAAGAGGGCAAGGAAUGUGUUAUUGUUGGAACACUGUUUAAAAAUAUGAAGUUGAAGCCUUGUAUACUUGAUGAGUAUUCUAAGCAGAGAUCGGUGCCUGUCAAGUCACAUAACUUUGUGCAUGAAGAUGAUUAUCUUGUUCUUGAAGAUGAAAGUGGAAGAGUUAAGCUUGGUGGGAGUAUCAUUGUACCAUCUGUCUAUGUGACAGGAAUUGUGGUUGCUUUACAUGGUAAGGAGACGGGAGCAGGUGAUUUUUUGGUUCAGGAAGUUCUUGAAGCUGGCUUACCACCGCAGAUAGAAUUCCCCAUUAAAUCAAGGGAAGACAAAUAUGUUGUUCUUGUCUCAGGAUUAAGUGUUGGGAGCAGCAAGUCUAACCCUCUUCAGUUUCAGCUUCUUGUUGAUCAUAUUACUGGGCAUUUAGGAGAUGAGAAGGAGCAAAGUAUUGCGGCACAAAUUGUUCGUGUAGUCAUUGCUGGAAAUUCUGUUGAGAUGCCUCGUGGACUUCUUAAUGGACAGAAUUUGGUCUCAAAAGAUCUCUCGAAAAUGGCAGAACCUGUAAAGGAGCUAGAUAUUAUGUUGAAUCAGAUUGCUGCUGGUUUGCCAUUGGAUAUCAUGCCAGGACCCUGUGACCCUGCUAAUUUCUCAUUACCACAGCAGGCGUUGCAUAAAUGCCUUUUCCCUGGGUCAUCCGUCUACAACACUUUCAAAUCUUGUACAAAUCCUCAUUGUUUUGAGCUUGAUGGUAUCAGGUUUCUUGGGACAUCUGGUCAGAAUGUAGAUGAUCUUGAGAAGUAUUCAGAGGCAAAAGAUAAGCUUGACUUCAUGGAAAGGACAUUACGAUGGAGGCAUUUGGCACCAACUGCACCUAAUACCCUUGGGUGCUAUCCUUAUACUGAUAGGGAUCCAUUCUUCAUUGAAAGCUGCCCUCAUGUUUACUUUGUUGGCAAUCAGGAUAAAUAUGAUACUCGCGUGAUAAAGGGAUCAGAAGGCCAAUUAGUUAGACUCGUAUGUGUUCCUAAAUUCAGUGAAACUGGAGUUGCAGUUAUGUUGAAUCUGAGGGAUCUUGAAUGCCAUGCUCUCAGUUUUGGAACUCCGAUUAUCCCAAAGAAGGCAGAGUGUGACAUUGUAGAGAAGGCAGAGUGUGACAUUGUAGACAACACGAAGAGCUGAAAAUUGAAUUUUGAAGUUGACAAGGGUUGUCGUGUUUCUUCAAUGUAGUUUAUUUGUGUAUCACCUUAAUAUUUCUGCCUUCUACGAAAAAGACCUAAUAUUUUGACUUGCAUUUGUAUUUUUCUAUUUAGUUUGCAUUGUAACAUAGUUGUAACGUAGCAUUUAAACAUUAUGUUUUACAGUAGGUCGUCGUGGGAACAUUUCAAUUUUGCAUUAAUCAAUUUUAUUUAAUUCUCCUGCA